AUGUCCGACAAAGACAAUCAUCCAAAUAAAAUCGGCGAAUUGCGAAGUAUCUGCAAAUAUCACAUCGAUUUAUAUAAUUCUUUGUAUCAACUGAAAACGGAAAAAGAUGAAGAUUUAAACUCAAUUUACAAAAUGAUCAAAACAGAAAUGAUUGAUUCAAAGAAAUGUCUCCCAAAAAACAUUAUAAGAGAUAUUUUGAAAGUCAUUCCGUAUAAUAAUCGCUAUACAAAGUCAUAUUUAAAACUUGCUAAACUUAUAUCUGAUGAUUAUCGUGUCAAAGAGGUCAGCCGUGUUAAGCUUAUCCCAACUAUAUCUAACUACCUGUAUUAUAAAGAAUAUGGAAUUAAAUUAGAUAAGUCUGAUAAUUUCGAAGAAAUUAAAUCAGAAAAUCUCGAUAUUCAUACAGAAAAUACAAUUUACAGAGCAAUUAUGUAUGAUGAUAGAGAUAGGUUCAUCACAUUCAUUGAAAGAGAUGAUUUUGAUGAAGGUCGAAAACUUAAAAGCAGUUUAUAUCCAAAUUAUUAUAAAGGAAAUUCAUUACUCGAAUUAUGUUGUUAUCAUGGAGCAAUUGAUUGUUUCAAGUUAUUAAGAACAAAAUUUGACUCAGAAAUAACUGAUAAAUGUCUAGAAUUAUCAUUUUUAGGUGGGAAUCCAGAGAUAAUGAGCGAAUGUUUGAAAUAUCAAAAACUAAAUGAUAAAUGCAUGGAGUAUGCAAUUGCUUCACACAACAUUGAUUUUGUUACUUUUUUGAUGAAUGAGUACAAUAAAAGGAUCAAUUUAUAUGAUAGCGUCGAAUAUAAUAAUCUUGAAUCAUUAUUAGUAUAUUUCGAUCAAACAAAUGAUAUUAACAAAUGCUUUAUUUUUUCAGCAAUGUUUGACAUUCCAUCCUUUUGCGAAUAUUUACUUUCACAUGGGGCAAACAUCAAUGAAAAAUUUAAUUGUAAAGAAACAGCUCUUCAUAUUGCAGCAAAAUUUAAUUGUAAAGAAACAGCCAAACUUCUUAUAUCAUAUGGUGCAAAUAUCAAUGAAAAAAAUUUAUUAGGAUACACCUCGCUUUUUACUUCAGCACUUAAUAAUUGUAAAGAAACAGCGGAACUUCUUAUAUCACAAGGUGCGAAUAUCAAUGAAAUAGAUAAAAAUGGAAACACUGCUCUUCAUGCUGCAGCAUUAAAUCGAUUUAAAGAAAUAGCUGAACUUCUUAUUUCGCACGGUGUAAAAAUCAAUGAAAAAAAUAAUGAUGGUAGAACUCCUCUUCAUAUUACAACAAAGUAUAUAAGUAAAGAGAUGGCUGAAAUUCUUAUUCCACAUGAUACAAAAUUCAUUAAUGAUGAUCAUAUUAUUAUAUCGAAUAGGAAAUAUAAAGAAAUAGUUGAAGGUAGUAUUCUCGAAAUGGUAGCAAAAAAUGUAAAUACUACUUUUUUAAAUGCUGCUCUUCAUCCAUCACUAAUAGAAGAUUGUAAAGAAAUAACCAAACUUCUUAUUUCACAUGGUGCAAAUAUCAAUGAAAAAGAUAUAUUUGGAAAUACUGCUCUUCAUAAUGCGGUCCAUGAGAAUUAUAAAGAAAUAACUAAACUUCUUAUUUCACAUGGUGCAAAUAUCAAUGAAAGAGAUAUAUUUGGAAGAACAGCCCUUCAUUAUGCAGCAUCUUAUAAUAGUAAAGAAAUAGUUGAAAUUCUUAUUAAACAUGGUGCAAAUAUCAAUGAAAAAGAUAUUUCUGAAAAUACAGCCCUUUAUUAUGCCGGAAUUCAUUUUCAUAUAGAAAUAGAAGAAAUUCUUAUUUCACAUGGUGGAAAUCCUGCGCUUGGUUGUGCAGUUUAUUAG